GACAGCGGGUCGGUCGGUCGCUGAGCGGAGAGAGACGCGGUUCAAGUCCCGGCGAGGAACAGACACAACACACCUGAACGUCCGGUGUCCGCGGCGGCGUCUCCGUCUUCUUCCUCCGUGUGUGGACUAAACGUCGCGGGAAGUUCGUAUCCGACAGCGCGGCCGGGGCCGGGUCGGACGGAGCGUCGGGGUCAGAAGCGCAGUCCACCAUGUCGGGGAGCAGGGAGGAGGAGAGGAGGAAGCUGGCCGACAUCAUCAACCACUGGAACGCCAACCGGCUCGACCUGUUCGAGAUCAGCCGCCCCACCGAGGACCUGGAGUUCCACGGCGUCAUGCGGUUCUACUUCCAGGACCGCGUCGCCGGCAACUUCGCCACCAAGUGCAUCAGAGUGUCGAGCACGGCGACGACGCAGGACGUCAUCGAGACGCUGGCCGAGAAGUUCCGGCCGGACAUGCGGAUGCUCUCCUCGCCAAAGUACUCGCUGUACGAGGUCCACGUCAGCGGCGAAGAGCGUCAGCUGGACCUGGACGAGAAGCCUCUCGUCGUUCAGCUGAACUGGAACAAAGACGACAGAGAAGGACGCUUCGUGCUGAAGAAUGAGAACGACAUCCUGCCCAAGAAGAGUCAGAGCAACGGGCCCGAAAAGGAGAAGGACGGAGUGAUCCAGAACUUCAAGAGGACGCUGUCCAAGAAGGAGAAGAAGAAGGAGAAGAAGAGGGAGAAGGAGUUCGCCCGGAUCCCCGACGGAGACGAGCAGGUGCUCGGCCGCGAGGACGGUCAUUCAUCUCACUCAUCUUUGUGGUUCAGGGAGAACAGCCGCCUGGCGGCGGAGGUCUACAAGGACAUGCCCGAGACCAGCUUCACCCGCACCAUCUCCAACCCGGAGGUGGUGAUGAAGAGGCGGCGCCAGCAGAAGCUAGAGAAACGCAUGCAGGAGUUCAUGAGCAGCGACGGGCGGCCCGACUCAGGAGGAACUUUGCGAAUCUACGCCGACAGCCUGAAGCCCAACAUCCCAUACAAGACCAUCCUGCUCUCCACCCGGGACACGGCCGACUUUGCCGUGGUGGAGGCGCUGGAGAAGUACGGCCUGGAGAAGGAGAACCCCAGAGAGUACUGCAUCGCCCGGCAAGACGAUAAGUCGAGUAAAGAGGCGAUCCUGGACGACAGUGAGUGUCCGCUGCAGAUCUUCAGAGACUGGCCUGCUGACAGAGGCGCGCUAGUGUUCCAGCUGAAGAAGCGACCUCCGGACUACCAGGGGAGGAAGGGGAGGAAGGCGGACGACAAGGGCCUGCGGGGGAAGGACGGGAGCGGCUCGCUGCCGCCCGAGAAGCUGCCUUAUCUGGUGGAGCUAAGUCCAGGGCGAGGGAAUCACUAUGCCUACUACGCAUAUCGGCACCACGAAGACGGGUCCGACUCACGGGACAAACCAAAGCUCUACCGGCUCCAGCACAGUAUCACCGAGGUCGGCUCGGACUGUACAGAAGACGGAGCCAUCCAGCUGCUCGGUCCGGGGAUCCUCCCCCACCACUGCAACCUGAUGCACAGCGAGGGGAUGGUGACGGUGACACCGCACGGCGCCGACGCCGACACCUUUGUCGACGGGCAGCGCGUCACCGAGACGACGGUGCUGCGCCCGGGCUCCACCCUGCAGUUCGGCUCCGCCCACGUCUUCAAGUUCGUGGACCCCAUGUUCGACCAGGGCGCCAAGAGGGAGCCGGCAGCCAUGACGCGGAGCCGCCACAAGUCGGGCAGUGUUCCCGAAACCACCUUCGACCUGCACGGAGACGUCCACAGUGGAGCUGCCCUGCCGACCAGCAAGAGCUCAGGAAAACUGGACAUGGAGAGAGGAAUGGUCAAACCCAUGAUCCGCGGAGAGCAGCAGGACGGCAGGUCUCAGGACGUUUCUGCAGACAGAACAGAGUUGACUCUGCCAGCCGGCAUCGAGUUCAGAGAUAACUCCGAGGACACUUUCCUCUCUGCCAUCAUCAACUACACCAACAGCUCCACGGUUCACUUCAAGCUCUCGCCCACGUACGUCCUGUACAUGGCCUGCCGCUUCGUGCUGUCGCCGUCCUACCGGCCGGACAUGUCGCCGUCCGAGCGCACGCACAAGGUCAUCGCCAUCGUCAACAAGAUGGUGAGCAUGAUGGAGGGCGUCAUCCAGGAGAUUCCUGAAGGGGAUCAGAAGCAGAAGAACAUCGCCGGAGCGCUGGCCUUCUGGAUGGCCAACGCCUCCGAGCUGCUCAACUUCGUCAAGCAGGACCGGGACCUGAGUCGCGUCACGCUGGACGCCCAGGACAUCCUCGCCCACCUGGUCCAGAUGGCCUUCAAAUACCUGGUGCACUGUCUCCAGGCAGAUCUGAAUAACUACAUGCCUGCGUUCCUGGACGACCCGGAGGAACAUAAUCCACAGAGACCCAAGAUCGAGGACGUCCUGCACACGCUGACGGGGGCCAUGUCGCUGCUGCGGCGGUGUCGGGUCAACGCCGCUCUGACCAUCCAGCUCUUCUCGCAGCUCUUCCACUUCGUCAACAUGUGGCUGUUCAACAAGCUGGUGACGGACACGGAGUCGGGCCUGUGCUGCCACUACUGGGGCGCCAUCCUGCGGCAGCAGCUCAGCCACAUCGAGGCCUGGGCGGAGAAGCAGGGCCUGGAGCUCGCCGCCGACUGCCACCUCAGUCGGAUCGUACAGGCCACCACCCUGCUCACCAUGGACAAAUACUCCAUGCAGGAUGUGCAGAACAUCCACAACACCUGCUUCAAGCUCAACUCCCUGCAGCUCAACGCCCUCAUGACCAACUACCACUGUGCUCCGGACGAGCCUUACAUCCUGCCUGAGCUGAUCGACCACGUGGUGGCGGUAGCGGAGAACACCGCCGACGAGCUGGCGCGCAGCGACGGCCGAGAGGUGCAGCUGGAGGAGGACCCCGACCUGCAGCUGCCCUUCCUCCUGCCCGAGGACGGCUACUCCUGCGACGUGGUGCGCAGCCUCCCCAACGGCCUGCAGGACUUCCUGGACCCGCUGCUGCAGAGAGGUUUUUGUCGGUUAACUCCACAUCCCCGUGCGCCCGGGAACUGGACCGUGCACUUUGAAGGAGCCGACUGUGACAGCCACUUCUCCGGGGUCGACGCCUCAGAGAUGCCAAUGAGGAAAGACCCGGAGGUUGUCACGGUAACCCUGAAGAAGCACAACGGCAUGGGCCUCAGCAUCGUGGCCGCCAAGGGUGCUGGUCAGGAGAAGUUGGGCAUCUACAUCAAGUCCGUCGUCAAGGGAGGAGCCGCUGACGUGGACGGGCGUCUGGCUGCAGGUGACCAGUUGCUGAGUGUGGACGGGCGCAGUCUGGUCGGACUAUCGCAAGAGAGGGCGGCAGAGCUGAUGACGAGGACGGGCUCAGUCGUGACUCUGGAGGUCGCCAAGCAGGGAGCCAUCUACCAUGGACUGGCCACUCUCCUCAACCAGCCGAGCCCCAUGAUGCAGAGAGCGUCGGACCGCGGCCGCGAGAAGAACGGGAAGCUGCGACCAAAGAGCGAGGGCUUCGAGCUGUACAACAGCAGCUCCGUGCAGAACGGCUCGCCCGAGAGUCCGCAGGCCGGCUGGGACUCGUACCCCGAACCAAAGAAGAUGAGCGGCGAAGAGCGACUCCUCAAGAACCGCGCCGACCACCGCUCCAGCCCCAACGUCGCCAAUCAGAGCCAGAGUCCAGCGGGUAAAGCCGUGUACCCCGGAGGACCCGGCACCAAGAUCACCUCUGUCUCCACCGGCAACCUGUGUGCAGACGAGGAACCUUCCCCUCCGCGUCCAGAGGCCUACCCCAUCCCCACGCAGACCUACCCCAGGGAUUACUUCACCAUCCCGGCCUCCAAGAGCCAGGACCGGGUGGUCGGCCCCGGGCAGGGGCCCCCGCAGCACUGGCAGGGCAUGGAGGACAGAGAGCGCCUCCCCAUGGUCGAGAACAUCCACAACAGCAUGCAGCGGGUCAACCACUCUCAGGAGGAGUUGUACCCUCCACCAGGGGUUCUGAGGCCAGACGAGCGCAUGCAGCCCCACUACCAGCAGGACUACCAGCACCGGGAUCUGGACUACCAGCACCGGGAUAUGGACUACCAGAGAGGGCCACCAGGAGGUGUCGGGGGUCCCGACCACUGGGCCCCUCAGCCGCAGGUGUCCUCCUCGCUGGAGUCGUCCACGUCCAGCCAGGAGCACCUCAACUUCUCGGCCUCCUCCUCCUCCUCCAACAAGGCCGGGAACCAGAAGACCGGGCCGGGCCGGUGGAAGACGCCCAACGCCCCGCACUCGGCGCCGCCGCCUCAUGCCUCCCAGCCGCCGUCGCGCUCCGACCUGCCCCCUCCUCCGCCUCCGCCGCCGGCCGCUUACCCCGAAGCCUACGACCCGUACGACCCCCAGCCCGACCUGCCGCUGCCGCCGCCUCCCGCUGCCGUCUCCCCUGCGGCGGCGCAGCAGGCGGCCGACCGCAAGAAACGCGAGGAGCAGCAGCGCUGGUAUGAGAAGGAAAAGGCUCGGCUGGAGGAGGAGAGGUAUCUUCAGGAGAGGAAGAGGAGGGAGCAGGAGAGGAAGCUGGGUCAGAUCCGGGCCAACCCCGUCAUGCCCGUCCAGCCUCACAACAACGGCGGAUCCAUGCCUCCUCCUCACCACCAGCCGCCUCUGGCAUCUGUGGCCCCUCCCCAGCCCUACCUGCCCCCGCAGCCUCAACCCCAACCGCCCCCGUCCAGACCGGAGAAGCUCGCCAGUCUGCCGCGGUCGGCCGUUCCUCCGCCCGCCAGUGCCUCCAACCCCCCCGGAAUGGACACGGUGAUCCGGGAUCUACUGCCGCAGCAGCAGCCGCGCACCAUCGAGCGGCGGGACCUGCAGUACAUCACCAUCAGCAAGGAGGAGCUGACGUCCGACAGUCUGUCUCCGGACCCCUGGAAGAGGGACGCCCGCGAGAAGGCCGAGAAGCAGCAGCAGCUGCACAUCGUCGACCUGCUGGACAAGGAGAUCCAGGAUCUGCAGGCGAAGCCGGAGAGGACGGCGGAGGAGAGCGACCGCCUCAGGAAGCUGAUGCUGGAGUGGCAGUUCCAGAAGCGACUGCAGGAGUCCAAGCAGAGCGACGAGGACGAGGAGGAGGAGGACGACGAGGACGUGGACACCAUUCUGAUCAUGCAGAGGCUGGAGGCCGAGAAGAGAGCACGGCAGCAGACUGCUGUCCCAGCUAUCUCUGUUCUAGACUUGUUGCAGGACGAGGAGCGGCGGCGUAAGCAGCAGCUGGAGGAGAUCCGUAAGCGCGAGGCGGAGGAGCGAGCGAAGCAGGAGGAGGAGAGGAGGUGGAGGGAGGAGGAGCGAGCCAAACGAGAGGCCGAGGAGAAGAGGAGACAGGAGCAGGAGUACUACACUCGCCUGGAGGCCGAGCGGCGCCGGCAGCACGACGAGGCAGAGAGAAAGCUGCUGACGCCCGACGACCCGGCCGGUCUGUAUCGGCCCCCGCUGCCCCGGGACUACCAACCCCCCGCCCAACCCCUCAACCCUACUAACAACCCCCCGCCCCCCCCACAGAGAAACACCUCCUACCUCAAAACCCAGGUCGCCUCCCCCGACACGCUCUACACCGCCAAGUUCGUCUCCUACGCGGGCGACGAGGAGGACGAGGAGGAAGGCAAGGAAUACCCCCGAGCAGGGAGUGGCGGCGGCGGCGGGCACAAGCUGUCGGCGACCCGGAAGUCGUACGGCGACCUCCCUGCGGCCUCCGCCUCGCCCAAUCACGGCCGGCCCCAGCCGCCGCCCACUGCGCGCAAGCCCCGUCCUCUUUCCGACGGCAUCUUCCUGUCUGCCUCGUUCCAGCCGCCAGUCAACAACUCCAACAGUACAGGCCCCCCCCUACCUGCCAAACCCAGCUCCGUCCCCCCGGGGGGCUUUAAAGGAUUUAACUCGUACACUGGAAACUCGGCAGGAGUUGUAGGAUCGGGAGAAGUCUACAAGGACCCGCGGGACAAAUGGACGAAGAGUCAGGAGCAGGAGAACUCGAACCCCGGCGGCGCUCCGGAGAGUCUGACCUUCAAGGAGCGCCAGCGUCUCUUCUCCCAGGGGAAGGAAGUCUCCAACAAGGUCAAGGCGUCGCGCAAACUCAUGGAGCUGGAGAACGAGCUCAACACCAAGUAGAGCUAAGCCCCGCCCACCCCCAACACCCCCCACCCCCAGCGCCACCUUAACACCGGCGUCACCACGGUAACUCCUGGGAAAGAGAGAGAGAGAGAGAGCGGCGCUCGCUUCCCCCCCCCCCCCCCCCACCGCCUGCCGUCUUUAUUUUUUUAUUUUAAUCUUCCGAUAACUGGACCACUCACUUUUCUUUUGGGACGUAGCUAUAUCGUUGCAAUAGGAGACGAGACGUUGACGGCUUCAAACUUUUCUUCCCCUCAUUAACGGUCUGUCGAAGAUGUAUAAUGAUAAAGCACUGUAAAAAAAAAGUUUUAAUUAUAUCUAGUGAGAAUUUGAGAAUCACACCACAAGGGGGGGCGGGGGGGAUUUUUGUUUGUAAAAUGUUUUUUGGAGGGACGGAAAAAAUGUUUAUUCUCAAUUUUAACUUUUUUUGUUUUUGUUGUUUUUUUAAAUACCCCAAACUGAAAUAUGAACAAUUUUUAUGGUAUAAUUUUAAUUCUCUAUUUCUGCAUCACGUCGUCUUCACACUUUUAACUCCUCCACCGCUCCAAGUUGAGGCUCCAGGCUGGUCUUCAUUUUUUAUUUUUUUUUCUUGUUUUGUUUUUUAUUAUUACAAAUUCUCAGUGAGUGAAAACACUGUUCUUUCAUUCCGUAGCAAAGGAAGCAUGGGAUUUUUAUUAUUUUUUAAUUUGUAUUAUUUUUUUUUGUGAUGUUUUUAGAUGAUAAAAAACUCUUGACAGAUUCUCCAGAGAAGGAUCUUUAAAAAAGUGCACAACAUUACUGUAAAUAUUCGGGUCCACGACUGUCUCACUCUUUUACUACUGUUAGGAACCUGCCCGGCGACUAAAGAAAACAAAACAAGGAAGUUGGCGACAACAGGAAGUUCGGCCAAAACUCUGGACUCGUCUCCCUGCUGCUCCUCACUGUCGGUGGAGUUCAACUUUUUUUUUUUAAAUGUUUCGCCCCGAACCUGAGGUGACUUUAGAUUUUACUCAUUUUUUUUUGAAAUCCUCUUUUUUGCGGAGUUGUGUGAAAUUAAUUUUUGACUGAUUUUAACAUAAAAUUCAAGCCAGGAAGAGGAAAUUCCUUUCACUCACAAUGUGAUUCAUGUUGGUUUUCACAAUGAUAAUAAAGAGAAAAAGAAAGAAAAAAAAAAAUGAACCCCACUCUUUUAAGUCCUUGCUCCUUUUUUUGCUUAACAGAUAUUUAUUUCAAAACUUUGUGGACGAAUCAGACUUUGCACAAAAAAACUUUGUUUUAACGAUUAAAUAUGUUUCAGCAAACAGUUUUUUGACGAGUGGAUUUACGUUCGGGGACGUUUUGGUUCUGUGGAUUGAAACGUUUGUUUUUCCAGCGUCACAGGACGGAGAAGCUUCUGGAGUCGGAGGCGUCCGGUUGUUUCCAAGGACUCGAGUUGAGGUUGUGAUUGUACAAAUAUACAUAAACAAAACUUCCAUAAUCAUAUUCAAUGUGCCGCCGCCGCUCUGCUGAUGUAGAAAAGGAACAAACCCAGGUUUAAAAAACAAAACAACAACAACAACAACACUGAUUAGUUUCCUCUGCUGCUGUUCGUCUGAGUGACUCCAUCCUGUCGAUUUAUUUUAAAUUUUUGAAUAAAAAAAGAGGUCCGACAUGACAAGAUAAUAACUGACCUGUUAAAACUAAGACACAAAUACAGCAACAGCAACGACUCCUUUUUAGGUUUGAAAAUGAAAUGAAUCAGUUAAAUGGUUUCAUGUUUAGCCUUUUGUAAAAUCAUUAAUAAAUACCGAUUUUUCAACA